AUCAAAGUGCUUCUUUUGGACAUACUGGCUUUUCUUUCUUUCUUUUUUUCUUCUGUUUCUUCUAUUUCUUGUGGAUAUUAUGGCUAAUAACACAACAAGUUUAGGGAGUCCAUGGCCAGAAAACUUUUGGGAGGAUGUCAUAACAUCCUUCACAGUGUCCAUUGCAAUUAUGCUCAUAAUUGCAGGAUUUAUUUGGGCUCUGUUUGUUUGUUUGUCUCGAAGAAGAGCCAGCGCCCCCAUCUCACAAUGGAGUUCGAACCGGCGAUCAAGGUCUUCUUACAACCAUGGCCUCAACAGAACUGGAUUUUACCGCCACAGUGGCUGUGAACGGCGAAGCAACCUCAGCCUGGCCAGUCUCACCUUCCAGCGACAAGCUUCCCUGGAACAAGCAAAUUCCUUUCCAAGAAAAUCAAGCUUCAGAGCUUCCACUUUCCAUCCCUUUCUGCAAAGUCCCCCACUUCCGGUGGAAACUGACAGUCAGCUGGUGACUCUGCCCACUUCCAGUACGGUUCCCGCCAUCAGCACUUCGCACAGUCUGGGCAGUCCUGAUUUCCACUGGUCCAGUCACAGCCUUCGAGUGGGCUUUUCCACACCACCUCCACCUGCCUAUGAGUCCAUUAUAAAGGCAUUCCCAGAUUCCUGA